AUGGAACAAGUCCUCAGUACACUGGCGCCACACUUUUCUCCGCCAUCAUUUUCUACUUCCGGUGCUGGUGAUGGGACCAGGCCGUCAUGUGCCCCACUCGUUCCGGUCGUCCCGCCUCAUUUGGCUCGUCAACUGGCGGCAGAGGCUGCAGGCUCGCUUUCCAAGCUGGUCGCCAUCACAGCGGCCUCCACGACUGCCGCUGGUACCGGAGGUGUCGUUGCCUCCGCCUCUUCAUCUGGACCCGGCGUCUUACAGCCGCCGCCUUCGGAGCCGGCCAGCGCUCAACUGGUGCCUCCUGUCGGAUGGACUGCGGACCCCUCUGCGUCCGGUGCUCUUUGUCGUACCGAGGAGCAGACGAAGGCCACUAUAUUUUGUAUUAGUGAGGUCUUUUUUCUUCGAGUUUAUAUUUUGUUAAAAUUUAUCGUUUUUGCCGCACGCCUCCUUGUCGCUUCCCCAUUACAGCACACUCUCUUCUCCGCCUCAGCCCUGCGCAAGUCUCUGGCUUUGUCAGUGCCUCAUGUGAUGCGUGAUCUUGACCCGGCCACCGCAAGUUCUAACUGUCGGCGCGUGGUACCGCGACCCUCUGAGCUCGUCGAGCCCUGGGCUAGCGCUGUUCGCACAUCUGAGCAGCGUCUUGAUUCUGGGCUUGGCCUCUUCCACCUGCACUCCCUUUUACUGCAGGCUCCCAUUGCCAGCAUUCCCGCCGGUGAAACCAUUGCCAGCUCGGCACCCCUGCCGCUACCAAUCGGGUGA